UACGAAAAAACCCCAAAACAAAAGAUAAAAAUGCGCUAGACACUGACGACGGCAAUUCCAACCUCCCGAAGAUUGGUCCGACUAUCUCGAGAUGGAGGAGAGACGACGCGAUACUGGAGGAACCCUAGCUUCGGCCGGCAGCUCCGGAGACUCUCCGGCAUCUGAGCCGACGCCGCGGCGGCGCGUGAAAAGAAAAUCGAACGCUCUCGGAGCCUCCAACUCCUCAUCAACAUCCUCCAAGCGGAUGCUGACGCGCGAGAAGGCGAUGCUCGCGUCCUUCUCUCCGGUCCACAACGGACCUCUAACCAGAGCUCGACAGGCGCCGAGCAACAUGCCGUCCGCGGCCGAGGCGAAGCCUGAGCUGCUCUUGAAUGCCGCGGACGGCGAGAAGCCGAAGGAGGAGGAGGAGAGGAACAAGGCGAUCCGCGAGUGGGAGGCCUUGGAGGCUAAGAUCGAAGCUGAUUUCGAAGGGGUUAGAUCUCGCGGAAGCAAUGUUCAUGUGGUGCCUAAUCAUUGCGGUUGGUUCUCAUGGGGAAAGAUUCAUCCGCUUGAAGAGCGUUCGUUACCUUCUUUCUUCAACGGCAAGUUAGAAGGUCGCAGUUCUGAUGUUUACAUUGAAAUUAGGGAUUGGAUCAUGAGGAAGUUUCAUUCCAAUCCAAACACGCAAUUAGAAGGAAAAGAUUUAACAGAACUCGAGGUUGGAGACGUUGAAGCAAAGCAGGAGGUGAUGGAGUUCUUGGACUACUGGGGGUUAAUCAAUUUUCACCCGUUCCCACCGCCAGACGCGAGUUCUAGUGGUGGUGAGCGUGUUGGUGUUGGGGAUAAGGAGUCUUUGCUCAACAGUUUAUAUCGAUUCCAAGCGGAUGAGGCUUCUUCGAUGGCGGCUGCUUUUGUUCAGAAGCCUCGUCUCGCAGCGCAAGCUACUACACCGUCGGGGAUGUUCCCGGAUCCGAUGGCUGCUGCUGCUGAUGACUGGCUGAAGCAAGAGGGUCCAGCGGUUGAAUAUCACUGCAACUCUUGUUCGGCUGAUUGCUCUCUCAAACGCUACCACUGCCCGAAACAGGCAGAUUUUGACUUGUGCACGGAAUGCUUUGACAGUGGCAAGUUCAGCUCAGAUAUGUCAUCUUCCGACUUUAUACUCUUGGAGCCUGCUAAGGAUCCUGGCGUUGGUAGUGGGAAGUGGACUGAUCAAGAGACUCUUCUUCUACUGGAAGGUUUAGAGAUCUUCAAGGAGAAUUGGAGUGAGAUUGCGGAGCAUGUUGCUACGAAAACGAAAGCUCAGUGUAUGCUUCAUUUUCUUCAAAUGCCAAUCGAGGAUGCGUUUCUUGAUCAAAUUGACAACAAAGAUCCAAGUUCAAAAGACACUACGGAUAUAGCUGUGUCCAAAGAUGAGAAACCUGUUCAAAAAGAGGCACCUGUAGAGAAAGAGAAUACGAAUCCUGUUGUUGAAGUUGAAGCUGUGAAGGAAGCUCCAGAAAAAGAAGAUGACAAUGAAGGAAAAGUUCCUCAGGAAUCUUCUUCAAAGCCUGGGGAUGCGAGUGAGGAAACUAAGGAAGUGGAAGCCGACCAGAAAACGCCCAAGGUAGAAACUGUCAUUGCUGAAAGAUGUAAAGAUGAGGCUGAUGAAAACAUUGCUCUGAAAGCUCUGACCGAAGCUUUUGAAGACGUUGGUUAUCCCAUCACACCCGAAGCCUCUUUAUCUUUUGCUGAUUUGGGAAAUCCUGUCAUGGGACUGGUAAGUUUUUUUUUUAGAUUGGCGGGAGCUGACGUUGCUACUGCUUCAGCCCGAGCUUCUGUAAAAUCUCUUAACAGCAAUUCUGGGUUGUUGCUUGCCACAAGACAUUGUUUUGUUCUCGAUGAUCCACCAGAAAACAAGACUGACUUAACUGAAUCAAAAAGUGUGGAUGCAGAAGAUGUCUCCUUGAUUUCAGAUGAUAGGGAAAUGACAGAUACUGAUCCAGGCAAAGAAAAUCAGGAUUCAGUCUCUGAAGAAAAGCAACCUGGUUCCCGAACUGAAAUUUCUGCUAGAAAUCCAGAUUCCAAAGGACCAAAAGUAUAUAGCAAUGCAGCCGCAGCUAAAAGUUCAGAGAAACCACCGGAUAUUAUUUGUAAAUUGCAGGACAAAAGUUCAGGGAAGGAGCUCAAAGAUCCUUUAAAGGAUGGUAAUAAGCUUUCUAGCGAAAAGAAAGCGGCCUCUAAAGCAACUGUCUCCAAGGCAGCUGCAGAUGCUUCUCAGCCAGAAGCAUCCAAAGAUGUGGAGAUGAAGGAUACAUUACAGUCCGAGAAGGAUCCUCAAGAUAUGGUGAAAACAGCAGGAGAAAAGGUUGAACAGGCUAAGGAGGAUGUUCAUAGUAUGCCAGACACGUCUGUUGCAGAGCAGCCCAUCGGAUCAGCUUUUCUACCGGAAAAUGGAACAGGUGAAAAACUAAAUAAAGAAGGAAGUAAAGAGAAGAAUGUUUGUGCGGUGACAAAAGACAAACAUAACUCUGAUAAGCUUAAGCGCGCAGCUAUCUCUGCUCUCUCAGCUGCGGCAGUAAAGGCAAAGCAUCUUGCGAAGCUUGAAGAAGAUCAAAUCCGACAACUUUCUGGAUCAUUAAUAGAGAAGCAGUUACAUAAACUAGAAGCAAAGCUAUCUAUCUUCAACGACGCUGAAAGCUUGACAGCGAGGGUAAGAGAGCAGUUAGAAAGGUCAAGGCAACGGCUAUACCAUGAAAGAGCACAGAUCAUAGCGUCUCGACUGGGUGUCCCGCCUUCAGUGUCCUCAAAAGCAUCAUUACCAGCAAACAGAAUCGCUACAAAUUUUGCUAAUGUGGCUCAUAGACCUCCGAUGGGGAUGGCCUUUCCACGCCCACCAAUGCCAAGACCUCCAGGUCCAUGAAUAUCAUCAUUCUCUGUUCCUGAUUCAGAUCCAGCUCCAUGUUCAGACAAUGUUUAUUCGGUUUAGUGGUUCCACGUGAUAGUGUUCAGAUUCGCGGGGUAGCUCUUUAUGUUCUACUAGAUUUUGAUAUUGUAAGCGCGGUUUUAUUAAAGAUUAUAUGAAUUUCUAUAUAAGAUAUGCAUAGAUUUGAAUACAUUUAUCUUGUAACAAAAAAAAAAAACUAAACUAAACAUAAUUUAUAAAUAACCAAGCG